AAUUUUGGGAAGCAGGAGAAAAAGCAUUCCAAGCAGAAAGUCAUAUAAUAUUACAAAGUGGAAAAAUCAACUUUGAAAAAUUAGCCAACAUCAAAUUUGAAGAAGAAGUAUUCCCACAAGCAGAAUCAAGUGAUAGAAAAGGUAAAAAGGAACAAAUACUAAAAAGUAGGGAUGAUAUUAAAGAUCCAAAAAUUGAAGAAAAAUUUGAGCAAUUACGAACAAAAUUAAAAGCUCAUAAAUCACGAAAAGAAUAUAUAUUUGAUUUUCUAAAUGAAAUAUCAAAUAAAAAUGAUGCAUCUAUAUUCGCAUUAAGAGGAGCUAUUAACGAUAUGCUCGAAGAAUAUAAAAGAGAUACCAAUCUAGCAAUUACUAUAACAAGAGCAAAUAAUGCACAAAAUGAAGAAGCUAGAAAAGCAAUACAAAAUAAGUACAGAGACCUGCUUGCAACACAGCUAGAAACAAAAUGCCAAAUAAUAAUUGAAGAAAAUAUUGAAACACAAUUAUCAAAAAAUCAAUCACAAAUACAAACUAAACCACCACCUCCAAGAUUAGAAUUACCUAAAACAAGAUAUAGAGAAGAAUAUCAAUAUCCUGGAUCUCCAAGUUCACCACCAAAAUCACCAACAGAAUCUGAUAAAUCAUCAACUAAUCUAACAAUUGAUAGAUCAGGAUCCUCAAAACAACAUAUUCAACAACAUACUCAUAGCCCCAAAAAACCAUCAAGCUUAAGAAACUCUGUAGACCUUACAAAUACUCCUGACAUAGUAUUACUAACAACACCAAUACCAAUUCAAAGUAAUCAGCAAACAAGAAAUCCCAAAAGACCUAUAGAUAGAA